AGAGAGGGAGAAAGAAAGAGAAAGAGAAAUAAAAAGAGGGAGAGAGAGAGAGAAUGUUUUAUGGAGUGGGGGUUGUUUCAGCUCGUAAAACAUGCAGACUAUAUGUAUUUACCAAUGUCCUGUUUUGUUGUACGUAUGCGUGAGUGUACCUUACCUUUGUAUCGUCCGCUGCCACUGUAAACGACCAAGACAAAUUCCUCUCUGUGAGAUGAAUAAAGAUUGUCAUUCUCAUUGUCAAAUGGUCCAUCUUUUACAACUACUAAUAAUGUAUGUCAUUUCGCGCUAUUUUAACACCCGUCUGAGUCUGACUACAAUCGAGGGCCUACGGGAUCGAAAUAUCAUGAAAACACAAAAAAAUAAAAUAGAAAAAUCCGACUAAGCGAGACAAAAUCCGACAAAUUUAGCGCGCGAGAGGAAUAAUUAUUGACAGACAAAUGAUCAUGACAAAGUGAGCUCAAAUCGACGAUCAAACGUACGCUGUGUCUGUCAUAGCGACUGCGGGUCGACUUAGGCUACUUAUUGACAAAAGAUUUAACACAUCCGUUAGCAUGUUUCUAAAGGUCAACUCAUGUUAAGAUGCAUUAGAACACCCCCCCCCCCCAAGUUAUGGUAAUAAACGCACGGGGACGCAGCCAGACAUAACAAAACGUAGUAUUUGAAUCUGUCAAACCCAGGCAUUUACCCCUUUUUUAGGGAGGGAGUAGUGUCAAUACGAUGACUGUGACACAUCUUUACAAGUCUGUGCUGAAAGUUUACUCAAAUAGUUAAAAUAAAGGGGUAAUGGUAUAUAAUAGAUUGUAAAGCGCAUAGAGCUUGCUGUUGAGCGGGAAUUAGCGCUAUACGAAUGCUAUCUAUUAUAAUAGACCUUCAGCACUGACGUUCAGUAAAAUUGAACAAAUUCAACUAGGCUAAAAGAGAUAAAUGGCCAGUCGUUUUCAAUAUAAUUACUUAACAUAGAUAUUAUUACAACAAUAAAUGCAUCCAAUUUUAUUCAACUUUAAUGGUUUAAUCGUCAUCUUUAUUAAAAAGAGCUGUUGGAAUGUUCGGGGUGUAUUCCAUGAACACGAAGAAAGAAUGUUGUUAUAAGAUGGUUCUUUGUCUUUGAUUAAGUUUUGGUUUCCUUUGUACUGAGAAUAUAAAUCAAGGUCUCUGUCUGAAAUAGGGGAUGAACUCAGCGCAAAGGUAACAAUGAUAGCUAUGUCCCAAACGUCUCACUUACCCAGAAUGUCGUUUUCAAACCUGUGGGUAAACAAUUCGACUGACUCUCGCGACGACAGCUUGCCUAUAACGACGUCGCCUUCUCCUUCACAUUAUGACAUCGUAAGCGACGAGCAGUGGUACAUUGUCCAAGUGGUCAACGGGGUCGUCCUCUGUGGUCUCGUUAGUCUGUUUGGCGUGGCCUCCAACAUCAUCAACAUCGUUGUGUUUGUCAGACAAGGCUUUCAAGACAGCAUGAACAUCAGCCUCAUGGGGCUCGCUCUGUCUGACCUGUGCUCCCUGGUGACCAUGAUAUGGAUAAGCAUUUGCGUGAACCCUCUGUUUUACCUCUCUAAGUUACCCUUUGAACCCAGAGAUAUCAUGCACCUCACAGGAGCCAUGCCCCAUUACCUCUUUGUCAAAAUCGCGACUUUUAUCACCGCCUUUAUCACCUUCGAGCGAUGUCUGUGUAUCGCUGCCCCUCUGAAGGUGAAGACGAUCAUUACACCUGUAAGGACAAAGAUAAUCAUUAUCUCCAUCUACAUCACCAUGUCCAUUUUACUUAUUCCCUUCUGCCUUGGAAGCAGACUUGAAUGGGUUUUCGAUUUCACCGUGAAUGCUACUGUAUUAAAAACUACGUACACGGCCGAGAGAGAACUGCUGGAAGCCAUUACGUAUCUCACCCAAGGCGUAUUUACUACGACGCUUUCUUUCGUCUUCGUCAUCUGCUGUACCAUCGUGCUUGUCGUCAAACUCAAUAGUAAAACAAAAUGGCGGCAGGCAACUGUUGCCAAGGGUGACCGUGCAGCGGAAGGAGUUGGGGUCAAGGAUCAAAAGGUUGUCAAGAUGGUGACCUUCAUUGCCGUCAUUUUCAUCGUGUGUUCCUUACCUCCUACGAUCCUGUUUUUCUAUAUGCUGUUUGACACAAAUUUCCGUAUUGAUGGUGCCUAUCCUAAUCUCUAUCUUGUCAUUUGGUCUUCAUCAUACCUAGCAGAAACUGUCAACUCAAGCGUGAACAUAUUUGUAUAUCUGAAAAUGAGUUCGAAAUAUCGAGCAGUGUUCAUGAAAACAUUUUUGAACAAGGAGUAA